AUGAGUGCGUCUGCGCGCGGGCUGGCCAUACGCCAUGCCGUCGAUGGCUGCUGCAAGAACCUGCCGGCGACACCAGGACAUGCUCCCGGCGCGACAAGACUCCUACAGCAAUGGGACCGAGCAACACGACACCAGCGUGAUGAGUUGAUGAAAGCGUUGGCCGAUCAGCUUCUCAUCAGCAACAACGAGACCUCCUGCCCGCAGCAGCAAGCUUGCUGUUAUUCAGGCGCAGACUAUGAAAGUGGCAUCAGCUUAGAGAAGGAGGUUGGACUGCCUCCUCCGACUGAACCAAUCGGCGAUGGUGUGCCUGGUGAGGCGAUUCUACCCCCUCAACACCCGUCGCCAAGGGCGAAUGUUGAGUUUCUUUCGCUACUCGGCCACCAUGCUGGCUUGCUGGCGACCCGGUUUUCCUCGCACUUGCAGACAUCGUUCGCGUGCGGUCAUGAACUUGGCCCCUGUCUUCGUGUGGUCACGCUGCUCGCAGAAUCCGCCACUGCUGGGAGAACCGUUCAAGGUAGUAGUGACGACGGUGUCCAAGAUUACUUUGACCCACGCCUAGUAGGCCAUCAGUUUUGCACCCCGGGAUUGAUCAACACAGCUCUCCAGGUAGCAGUGUCACAUCAGAUGAGUGCUGUAACCAGUCAAUUAUCGGCGACCGAGGCAGACAGGAGGGUGCGACACCGAAGACGACGACAACGCGGAAAAAUUACUCCAACGGUUCCUCCACGCGCAUUGUCACCUGAAGAGGAAAAGGACAAGGACGAGGAGAAGGACGAGGACGAGGAGGAGAAGGACGAGGAGAAGGGGGAAGAGAAGGAGGACAAGGAGAAGAGGGAGGAGGAGGAGAUCGAGGAUGAGGAUGAGGCGGAGGCGGAGGCGGAGGCGGAGGAGGAGGAGAAGGAGUUGGAGGAGAAGGAGUUGGAGGAGGAGGACGAAGAGGAGGAGGAUGAAGAGGAGGAGGAGGAGGAGACGAAUCGGGCGAAAGCACUAGGCCUGCUGGUGGCGCUCGUUCGCGCAGGAGGUAAAAGAGUCAAGGACUACAUUUUGUACCCUUAUCCUUCCCCCUCAUCCUUACUAGAGCUGUCCGAAAAUUCUUCACCCAUAUCGAGAGUUGGUGACCCUCUCGGGCUCAUUGUUAUGGCGCUGUGUCGACCAGAGUGCGGAGCCGGUACACGAGAGGCCGGCAGGCAUCUGCUGGUGGAACUAGGCCUGGGCGGCCACGACUCCACCGGGAAUGCAAAGGUGUGGAGCGCCGUCCUCUGCUUGCUCGAUGAGCGAGACGUACAAGAUCCCGCCGGUGCCCAGAUUCUCGGUUUCCAGGUUGCCCAAGAGCUAUUGGUGCGGAAGUUGUCGGAACAACGAGGUCGGAAUGAAACCCUUCGAUAUCGUGGUGACAAUGUCGGAAGUGGUGUACUUGAUGGCGCGCUACCGAGCCCACAGAAGAACCGACAACGGCUGAUGCGCCCGGAGCUGACACUGAUGCCUUCGGUACUGAAGCUCUCUCUGAGCCCGAGCUACGAAGUCAGAGAGGCCGCCGCAGGGUUAGCCGUGCUGUUAGCCACGGAAUGCCCCCGCCCGUGCUGCUACCUCGUGGUCGCGGGCUUGGCCGGGCUUUUCGGCUUGGUUUCUGGGGUGGAGAGAGGCGCGCCCAUCGCCUGGAUUCAACUCCAACGCGAGCGCGUGACUGGCAGGCGGUCACGCGAACAGACAGGGGAGGACGCACACUCUGCCGACGAACAGAGUGUUAGCAGCAGCCGAGGGUCAGACCACACGGCGGAGUCUGACGGUUAUGAUUCACGGGAUGGACCCCCGGCAUCAUCAUCAGAAGAAUCUAACAGGAGGGGAGCUGGAGUCGGUGGUGGUGAAGCGAUAUUGGCGCUCAAGCUGCUCCGGCGGGUUUGUGCGAGCGGACGGGGCGGAACCGGCGAGGAGGAGCUGUGCUCAGCUCUAGCGUACGCCCUCGCCCCGCUCACCGUCCUUGACCUUGUAGUCUGCCCCCGAAAUCUGGCGGCUGACCUAAGGCCGACCGAUAACAGAGACGCGGGGAAUGCGCCAGCGGGUGUCGAGGCGGACGGAGACGCCGUGAUCGAGAGGCAGGUGACGGCCAACAGAGAAGAAGCAGGCGCUGGGGGCGACAGCGACGAAGGGAGUGGCGAGCGCCCUCGGAGUGAGCGGCAGGCGGAAGCUGGAGGUCUCCCGCUAAAGGAGAACGGCAAUCAGCUUGGUGGCGGAGAACUGCCAUCAGGCUUUACCCCUUUCGACGAACUGCUGGGUGUUUAUGCUGGUGGUAGCGGGGAUGUAGCAAGUAGGCGACGCUUCGAGCAGCCGCCGGGAGAGGCCAUCCAAGAUCUCAAGCGGAACCUCCAGAAGGACGGCCAUCUCCCAGCUCCAGCACCGCCCGCGACAGUUCGAUAG